ACAAGAUUUUCUUUAACUUAUAACUAUUCCUGUGUAAAGGCAUAUUGGAAGGCAUUCUGAGAGUAUCUGCCCAAAUUCGCUAACUUUUUAUCCACCUUUCCAUAAAAGGAACUUGCCGACCAAACUUGUUGAAAUCGACGCCCCCACUUUUGUCUUGAAGAGCAUAAAUUAUACACUUAUCGUUAAGGUUAAAUGUGUCAUUGUCUCAUUAUGAUAACUCCAUAUGCAUGCGGUUGCGAAGUUGAGGAACCCCCGCACUUAAUAGAAAGUUGUGGAUGUGGUGGUUGUGGGAUUGCCGUUGUGACUACAACUUCCAAAGUCACCGCGAACCAACCUUGUUCAGCCUGCAUUGAAAGCGGCAUAUGGACCUAUGCUACGGGUACAUGGAAGCUGAACGGUAGGCCUAGACAUUGAUGCAAGUUGUCAACACAAUACCACGCAUAUAUAUUGAGUGGUACAAUACUACGAUACUUCUGAAAAUUGGCACCAAUCGCGGGUUUGCUUGAUUUCUUUUUUGCUCUGCUACCUGUAUAUCAUCUAGGAGAUACCUCUCCUUUCACAUUCAUAAACACAUUUUUGGGAAACAAAAUUCGUCUCACUUCGGUGUAGAGAUCCCUGUAUCGAUUACUAAGGUUAGCUGGUACAAAAGGUGCCUAAGGCACUUAAUAAAACCUAUUAAUCAAGACUCAAAUCAAUUAUAUAUUAUCUUCAAGAUUUUUCAAGAGCUAAUCGAAC